UGUAGAGAUGGUAACAGUGCAAGUGUGCUAUUGUGGAAUGGAUGCCUCAUGUGAAAAAAUAUUGGGUCAAAAGAUAAAGGAUAUACCGGUACAUUAGGUAGGUCACAGUUCUUUAUGUAAGAAUAAGCAUAUUACAAUUUUCUGUUGUAAAUAAAUUUAUUUUCAAAUGGAUGGGAACUUCAUCAAAGAGAGGUAUUCCUAUGAUAUAGCAAUUCCUAAAAACACUUUUUGCAUUAGAAUUGAGGCAUUAAUUGUUAAUUUUUUUUUUAUGGUGGAUUAUUAAGAUAAAAUUUAGAAUAAUUUGCUUGAUUUGAAAACAAGGUGGGUACUUAGUCAAAUAGAACAAAAAACAUUAACAUUAUAGCUUUGUAAUGGCUGGUGUGAAGAGAAUAAUCAUUUUUGGAGCUACUGGCCAAACCGGAUCAAGGACUCUGCAGAGAGCCAUAAAUGAAGGUCUACAAGUGUCAGCAUAUGUACGAACACCUUCGAAGAUAUCUGAAGAUGUGAAGAAAAAUCUCUACAAAGUUAUACAAGGCGAUGUUCUCGAUAAAAGCUCAGUUGAAAAAGCAAUUGAAGGAAAUGAUGCUGUUAUUUCUGCACUUGGUGCAACUUCUCCUUUUGCAAAAACUACAGUCAUGUCAGAAGGUUGCUCAAACAUCAUCUCAGGAAUGAAGAAACAUAAUGUCAAGAAAUUGAUAGUUGUCAGUGGAGCAAUAUACUUGGCAAGUGAAGCUGGAAUAUUCGCGACACUGAUGAAGACACUCGUCAAAUCAACAGAAGACCAUGUAAAGCAACUAAGUAUAUUGGAAAAUGCAUCCAGCAAUAUAGAUUGGAUAGCAGUCAUGCCACCUUGGAUCAAAGAUGACAAAGAAGUCAAUCCAAAUUACCUGUACAAAAAAGAUUAUCUGCCAGGCGUAUCCCAAGUUACUACGGCAGAGAUAGCAGAUUUUAUGAUCAAAACAUUAAUGGAUGACGAUAAAGUUGAAUCACUGAAGCAUUCUCAAAUUGCAAUAUCGUCAAAACCAAAACAACCGUCAAACUGCCCUGGAACUAUAGGAAUGGCAUUACUUGUUUUGGCAGUCGGUUCAGCCAUAUAUUUCAAAUAUUGAACUGCAUAAGAUUUUGAAUGAUUAUUAAAAUAAAUGCACAAUAUUUUUCGAACACAUUAUUGUUUUUAGAUUUAUAAAAUUAAAAUCACAUGACUAAUCAAAAUCUACUGUCAUAUUACAUCUUACAAAAUCAAAAUAAGACACAAACAGACAAAACUCAUUUCAAGCUCUGCCUGCCCUCUUAAUUUGCCUGAGGAAACGCACUGCACGAAUAUUAACACAGUGAAGUGUUUACAUCUGUCAUGAAUUUAGUUCAAUAGAGCAGUUACUAUUCAAUUAUUUCUUGUAUGACUUGUAUUGUUUUUGAUAGAUGGUUUAGAACUUAAGAAUAUUAUAGUUUGGUAACUAGAUGUAGCAAUGUUAUAUGAGCUUGAUUUUAUUUGUAAGAAUAUGUGCCAAAAAAAUAAUGUUCUAGUGUGCUUUCUCAAUGUGAAUUUUGUAUUCAUUGCAGUAAUUGUGUAUUAACUGAGCAAAAAAUCUGCUAUUAUCAGGUUCUUGAUUUCUGGACCUAACAUAUCAUAAUACAUUUGAACAUUAAACCAACAUGUUAUAAUUCUGCCAGGUGGGUUGUAUUGCCCACUCAAAUAAUUAAAUUUGGCAUCAGUACACUGCAGUUAAAUAUAUAAAAA